CAGAGACUUCAGGAACAGUACAGAGCAUCUUUGGCUACACUCUACUCAUUAGCCUGCCGAAAGCGUCCUUUACUUUUUACAGCAGGGGCAGUGGGUACAACGGAAAUUGCGUUUAGAGCCAGAUCGGACACCGUAAUGUUGUUGAGCAGAGAGGGAAAACCAAACGUUUGACGUCUGUGGCAAGUGAAAGACGAAGACAACGCUAGGUUUUCAUUUAGUGUUGUUACAUUCAGGUUGAUAAAUAAGGCGACGCUCGCCAAUAAUAUUCAGAAUUGCGGUGAUGUACCAUUGUGGGUUUAGGGAUUAGCUGUUUGCUAGUCCAUAAAGUUAACUAACGUCAGAUAUCUUAGCCAACAACCAAGCUAACUUUAAACCUAACCACACUUCAUGCCGUCCUCAAUUCUUCCAUUUGUUGCCGAACAGUUGCUAACGGACAUUGAAAAAAGUUAUAAGGAACGAUCUCAGCUUCCUGAUGAUCUACUUAUUGCGUUGCGGUCUGUAUUUGGGUCUUGUGCUCUCCAGGCCCUGGACCUUGUUGAUCAACGCUCUGUAACCUGUGUGUCAUCUCCUAGUGGCAGAAGAGUGUUUCGGGUAAUGGGGGGCUCAGGGCAGAUGUAUACCUGCUACACCUCCUGCCACUAUUGCCCAUGUCCUGCCUUCUCCAUGUUGGUGCUGAAGCGGAACACCAGUCUGCUGUGUAAGCACAUUCUGGCUGCCUGCCUGUGCCAGGCUAUGGGGCUGUCCCAGCAAGAGCAGGUGUCCGACCAGGACAUGACACGAAUCCUGGCAGGUCAAGCGCACACUGACUUGUAGAGGACAGACUCCAGCACAGAACAACCAGAGAUGAAUGAAGCAUGAGUCUACAGUGCUGUACCCUUACAGGUCAGAGAUAGCUGAACCAUUUCCCUGCUCAGGUGAAUGAGGGACAAAAGGCUUAGGUGAUGUUGCUUCAGCUUUCACAUUAUACUUUCAAGAGUUGGAGUGGAAAGGGAUAUGUUAAGUAUAUAAAGUACCACAAUAUAACUUGCCUGUUGUUCAAAGGUCUUGCAUUUUAUAAUAAACAAAAAUGUUUUGGCUGUUGCCAUUUUGUAUCUUCAAAUUAAUAUCUUAAAUCAGUCUUCAUCAACCUUAGAUAAUACAGACAUAUCAGUCAGUUCUGUUUAAAUAUGUUAACAGCAACUGAUAUCUGUUUGCCAGUAAUAGUUUGCUUGCCUGACUUGAUCAAGGAGUGCAGCAUUUA